UUUGCAUUUAUUAUUUUCCAUUUGGCAUUUAACAUUUUUGCUUUUGAUUUAAAAUUCUGGCUAAAAUUAUCCUCCAUAAUUUCACAGCCAUGAUAAAAAAAAAAAAAAAUUAAAAAGACAUUUAGGUUUAUUGAGACUUUUUUCUGUCCACACCCUCAGGAGAUACAGGAGAGAUCCCUCCCUGCAGGCUCUACUUUAUCUUGUGUGUUGUUAAGUGGGUGAGAGGGAAAAGGAAGAGUGUGUGUGUAGGGUUGUGGUAUAUGUGUGUGGGUACGCGGGGCUGGUCUCUGGUCUCAGGGGCAGGAGCCUUUAAAAGAGGCUGGAUCUGCUGCAGUGUAGCUCGGAUUCAAACCAGGAACUGCUGUGCGCCACAGGUGGAUUUUGUUUAUGAUUUUUGACUGGUUCACUCCUCCUGGAUCCAUGUGCAACCCGGUGAUCAUCACAUACAUGUGUGAGUAAUCGAGGAGUUUGACAGCCACAGUCUCCGGUGGUGAGGGGAACCCACAGGCGGGCAGUCACCUCCGUGCGCCCGGAGGAGAAGCGGCCACCAUGCUCUUCCCCUUGGAGAGCCCCUGCAACAUCACGGGCAGAAACUGCACCGAGGAGUUCAACUUAUCGCAGCCGCUGGAGACCGGCGCCGCUGCGGCUGCUGGGAACAUCAGCGUAAUCAGGAAGAGAAACGACACCGACCCGUUUGGACGGAACGAGGAUGUGGCCAAGAUCGAGAUCACCGUCCUGAGCCUCGCGUUUCUCGCGGCGGUGGUGGGGAACGUGAGCGUGCUGCUGGCCACGUACAAAACCCGGCGGAAACCGUCGCGCAUGCACCUGUUCAUGAAGCACCUGAGCCUGGCGGAUCUGGUGGUCGCCUUCUUCCAGGUGCUGCCUCAGCUCUGCUGGGAGAUCACCUACCGCUUCUACGGGCCGGACUUUCUGUGCCGCAUUGUGAAGCACCUGCAGGUGCUGGGCAUGUUCGCCUCCACCUACAUGAUGGUGAUGAUGACCCUGGACCGCUACAUCGCCAUCUGCCACCCGCUGCAGACGCUCCAGCAGCCAACGCAGCGCGCGCACAUCAUGAUCGGCUCCACCUGGGCGUGCAGCCUGGUCCUCAGCACCCCGCAGUACUUCAUCUUCUCCCUGAGCGAGGUGCACCCCGGCUCAGCCGUCUACGACUGCUGGGGACACUUCGUGGAGCCGUGGGGGGUUCGCGCGUACAUCACCUGGAUCACGGCCGGGAUCUUCCUCGUACCCGUGGCCGUGCUCGUGUUCUGCUACGGAUUCAUCUGCCGCACAAUCUGGAAGAACCUCAAAUAUAAGACCCGCAGGAAGAGCGUCGGCGCGGGGGCAGAGGCCAGCGGGAUCCUGGGCAGGAACUCGGUCAGCAGCGUCAGCACCAUCUCCCGCGCCAAAUUACGCACGGUGAAGAUGACUUUCGUAAUCGUGCUGGCGUACGUGGUGUGCUGGGCGCCUUUCUUCACCGUGCAGAUGUGGUCAGUGUGGGACGAGACCUUCUCCUGGGACGACUCUGAGAACGCCACCGUGACGCUCUCCGCCCUGCUGGCCAGCCUCAACAGCUGCUGCAACCCCUGGAUCUACAUGAUCUUCAGCGGCCACCUCCUCUCCGACUUUGCCAGCAGCCUGCCGUGUUGCCGCCGGCUGAGGAACAAGUUCGGCCACCAGGAUUCGGACAGCAGCAUCCGCCGAACCACGCUGCUGUCCCGCCUGCAGGGUCCACGCCUCUCAGAGCCGUUCAGAGACCUCAACCCCACCCCCAAAACCUGUCCGCAGUGCCCAUCUGCAUCCUGACCACCGGAAACACCACCUCUGUGUUCACUAAGAUGACAAUGAAAACAUGAACUGCUCUUAAUCUGCUGAUUUGUAGCAGUUAAGGAAGGUAUGAUCUCAUCUGAGGGUGCGGCCACACCUACAGUUUGUUUUCUUUGGUCUGAUCCAGACUGGAAAAGUUUACUCUGUGGCAAUUUCAAGUGUUGGUUUAAGUUUAGGUUCACAUGGCUGCUAGAAAAAAGAGUUUUAAUAACUCUUUUCAGUCUGCCAGGAUGGAGAUUUUGGGGGUUAGACGGAGUCAAAACAAAUCCAGUCACUUUAGCUAUUAGCAUGAUGGUGUUGUCUGCGCUCUUUGCUGAAAUUUAACUGCUUUAGUGUAACAUAUGAAAAAUGGCUGAAUAUGAGCAUCUGUCCACACUGAGAUUCAUUUUGUGACGCGUGAGGAAACUACUGGCUUUCAUAUGCCAACACACACACACGUCUGUAUAAACCGUGCCCUGGGGUUGUUUCCUGGAGAUUUUGAGAUUACAGUCCGUUAGUGAACUUUAUAAAACGAGGCUAACUUCAGGUUAAGGCGAGGACAUACAUUAUGAUCGUUGAGCCGAUUAUGAAUAUGAUUUGGGCGAGACGACUGAUGGGACCAAGUUGGACUGGGUCUGUUCCAGUCUGGGUCAGUCGGUGUUGACAGUUGGCAAAUAAAAUCAUAUAGUGUGUGAUAUGUAAGUCUUCAGAUCCAGUCACUGCCAGUUGUUCUCAUAAAAGAUUAUUUCAAACAUGUUUGAUGUUUGAUAUUACCAUAAUAUGUCAAACUAUCUAUUUAUAAUAUAUUUCCUUAAAAACACAUACACAUAAAUGUAUUACCAGCACAGUCACCACAUUUUCGAAAGGUACUAAUGGCUAUUUUCAUUAUCAAUUAAUCUGCCAGUUAUUUCCUUGAUUAUUGAUUAAUCGUGUUGUCUACAAAAUGUCAGAAAAUAGUGAAAAAUGCACUUCAGUAUUUUCCAGUGUUUGUUUUGUUCGACCAUCAAUCCAAACCCCAGAGAUAUUAAGUUCAAUUCACAAAGAAAAACAAAUAUUUACAUUUGAGGAGAUGUGUAAUUUUGGGUUAAACUCUCAUCAAAAUUGUUUCCUGUCUAUCAGCUAGUGGGUUAAUCACCUUAUUGUUUCAGCUGUAAAAGAUGUACUCCUUAAUUUAGCACAAUCUCUUCUGUACCAUGUUAUAUUUUAGUUUGUAAUUUGAAUGUCCUGAGCUGUAAUUCUUUUUACAUUCACACUAAAGUCAUAUAAAAGUUAGUGUGAGCUUAUUCAAGUGUACAUUAUCAUCAGUCACUUUGGCUAGUAAAUGGAAGAGAGUAAUAAAGAUAAAGAAUUGAAUCUUCUAUAUAUGUUAAUGGUAAAUCAAAUCACACUUUGUUUAAUGUAAAUAACAUUAACCCUGUGAAUAUACAUCUUUUGAAACAUGAUUGAUUUUCUUUAUGAUGUCCAGUUGCACACACACUGAAACACUGUCACACUCCUGUAUUGCUUUGCACUGGACUCUGUAAUGGGGUCUAUAACAGCUUUGGCUCAUUAAGCUUCUUUAGAGACUCAUUCACAGACGUGUGUUGUUGUUGUAAAGAUGUUUUAUCAAAGUAAUGUAUUCUGUUAUCUGUAUAUUGUUCGAAUAUAUAUUGCACAUGUUGUAAAGAAAGAUAAAUGGUAUUCCUUGUAUCCUUA